GUAGCCAGUCAGUGCUAAAAAGAGAAAUACAACAACAUCCGGGCGUAUAAGAAGGGACUGGAGAAGCUGCGGCGCUCACAGCUUUACAGCCGACGAACUGGAACAAUCGCUUCUCAAACAUGGAGGAAAACAAACUCAUCCCUCGUCCGAUUUUCCGAAGAGAUGCCGACUGGGAUCCUUUUCCAAACUGGACGCAGCCGAGUCGGAUCUUCGCUCAGGACAUCGGGCUUCCUCCGUUCCUGGAGCCGGGCGACGUGGACUGGCUGGAGUGGGCCAAGAGGAGACUCGCCUCGUUCUCCUGGGGCCUGAACACAAAAGAGGGGCUGCUGUCUCCUUUCAGCGGGCAGCACCUCGCCUUGAACCAGAGCGACCUGAAACAGCUGACGGGGGCAGGGUCAGAGGUCAAGGACAGGUGGAAGGUCCAGCUGGACGUGAAGCAUUUUUCGCCGGAGGAACUCGCCGUCACGACCAAAGACGGCUACCUGCAGAUUUCAGGAAAACACGAGGAGAAACAGGACCAGCACGGAUCAGUUUCACGAUGCUUCACGCGCAAAUAUAAGUUGCCUCUGGGGGUGGAGCUUCAGCAGGCCAGCUCCUCCCUCUCUCCUGACGGGGUUUUGUCCGUGGAGGCUCCGGUACCAGCGUCCAGCGGCACCGGCGACGCCAACCAGACGUCCACCGAGCUGGUCAUCCCUGUGCAAGUCAGACACAUCACAGACCAGUGACCGCUUCAACCACGAAGAAACAGACCAGUGACCACACAAACCACGAGGAAACUGACCAGUGACCACACAGACCACGAGGAAACAGACCAGUGACCACACAGACCACGAGGAAACUGACCAGUGACCACACAGACCACGAGGAAACUGACCAGUGACCACACAGACCACGAGGAAACAGACCAGUGACCACAGACCACGAGGAAACAGACCAGUGACCACACAGACCACGAGGAAACAGACCAGUGACCACACAGACCACGAGGAAACUGACCAGUGACCACACAAACCACGAGGAAACUGACCAGUGACCACACAGACCACGAGGAAACAGACCAGUGACCACACAGACCACGAGGAAACUGACCAGUGACCACACAGACCACGAGGAAACUGACCAGUGACCACACAGACCACGAGGAAACAGACCAGUGACCACAGACCACGAGGAAACAGACCAGUGACCACACAGACCACGAGGAAACAGACCAGUGACCACACAGACCACGAGGAAACUGACCAGUGACCACACAAACCACGAGGAAACUGACCAGUGACCACACAGACCACGAGGAAACAGACCAGUGACCACAGACCACGAGCACCAUGUUUGUGUAACAUAAGAGUUUUGUUGUACCAUAAAAGCUGUCGUUUUGUAAAGUGGUUUAAAUUCUGACACUAACACGUCUGAUUUAUAUUUACAGAUAAAUGUGUAGAUUUAACAAACUAAAUGUUUUCAGUGUCAUGUGUGAAGUUUAUGACACAAACUUUUAUCUCAUUCACACAAACAAACACACAACAGGCCCACAACAUUAAAACACACAUCAACACACAAACACACACAAACACACACAAACACACCCCAACACACUUAAACACUGAUUCUGCUCGGUCUGUUGUGAAAAUAACAAAUACUUUUUAUAAGCAACAAAACAUUCUGAAUAAAAUAUGAUG